UCCUGCUGCUUCCAUGGAGCUUUGAGCUUCUUCAGCUCAGUCAAGCUUGAAACCCUCCUUCCUUAAACCCUAACGACUGAACCUCGCAAUGAAUCGGGCGCUGCUCAGAAAUGCGUCCCUCUGUGCUCGCCGGCUGCUUGGCUCUCCGGCCGCCAUAAAGCCGAGCCCCAGUGCCCCACUUGUCGCCCCGCGAGCUGAUUGGACUCUUCCCCGACUCAGAUUCUUCUCCUCCGAGAACGAUUCCAACACUGAAUCCCCUACCGGUGCUGCAGAGACGGACUUGGCGUCGGCUGAGGAGAAAGAUGCGUCCAUCAAUGUGCCCGACGUCAGUAACAAAGAACUGAAAAUGAGGAUAGAGAAGUACUUCAAGGGAGACGAGGAAGCUCUCCCGUCCAUCCUCGAGGCAAUUUUGCAGAGGAGGUGGACGAAGAAGCACGAGGAGACUGAUGAGGAGCUGCUGGAGGAGUUAGAGAUGCAGCCGCUCGACGAUGUUAGGGAUUCGGAGUUCGAAUCGGAUCUCGAGGCGUUGUACUCAACGGACGAGGAGAUUGAUGAUCUGUACAGCGCAAGGGACAUUGUGGUGAACAGAAUGGCUAAAGACCAGUACUUCAAUAUGGAUGACAAGAAGUGGGACGAGAUGAUCGAGGAGGCGGUCAAGCACGGGUACUUGCAGGAUACCAAAGAGUGCGAGCAAAUCCUCGAGGACAUGCUUUCUUGGGAUAAGCUUCUUCCCGAUGACUUGAAGAAAGAGGUUGAAGCGAAGUUCAAUGAGUUGGGGGAAUUGUGCGAGAACGGGGAGUGCCAACCGGAAGAAGCUUUCGAGCAGUUCAAGACUUUUGAGGAUGAGAUGUUGUUAAAAUACGCAGAUAUGAUGGAGGAGCAAGGACCUCCACAGUUUGACGAUGCUGCACCCGAUAAAGAGAAAGAAUCGGAUGACCCCCCAGGAGAGGGACCAAUUCUCCGAUGGCAAACCCGUGUGGUGUUUGCCCCAGGUGGUGACGCGUGGCAUCCCAAGAAUCGGAAGGUUAAAAUGUCUGUCACUGUUAAGGAGCUUGGGCUUUCGAAACACCAGUUUCGGCGGCUGAGAGAGCUGGUUGGGAAACGAUACCAUCCUGGGAGAGAUGAGCUUACUAUUACUAGUGAAAGGUUCGAGCAUCGGGAAGAAAACAGGAAGGAUUGCCUUCGGACGCUUCUAUCACUUAUUGAAGAAGCAGGGAAAGCUAACAAGCUCGUAGAGGAUGCUCGUACUUCAUAUGUCAAGGACAGGCUCAGAGCUAACCCAGCAUUCAUGCAAAGGUUGCAAGCCAAAACCACAAGAAUGAAAGCAUUCAGUAGUGCAGCACCGGCAUGAGAUUGAUUCUCUGUAGCUCUUCAGGUUUUCUAUCCUCCAGCACUCAGAUUUUUCCACACUCAAUGCCUUCUAUUUUCUCUUAAAGAAACAAUUUUUUUGUUUCGAAUUGCGACUUACUCACAGUUAGGAGCAAAAUUAUUUUCAUGAAGUAUGUUCGGUCCAACCUGCAAAUAGAGCAAGUCUUGCCUUGUUACUGUUAUUCCUGAGGAGAUAACUGGGCAAGUUUUCCAUUUAGUGGAAUGUGUACCAAGUCGAGUGUGAUACGGUCUUAAACAAUCGAGAUUGUUAUCCUCGUAUUAAAUUUAAUCA